UUCUCAUAGCCAUGGCCAUGAAAAUUGUUGUUAUGUUGUCUCUCUUAGUUGUUGUUGCAAUGGCAAUUCCUAAAGCCAAAGCUCAGCUUGGGAUUCUAAAUGAUCUCCUUGGUUCAGCUAACAUUCAAGGGACAGUCUUGUGCACUUUGAAUUUGAAGGACAAUGUUGAUGAUAAUGGGGAUGGAGCCCCAGCAUUUUCAAAUGCUCAAGUGCAACUAAUGUGUGGAGGGAAGGUGCUUUCUAAUGCAACAACCAAUGGUGCCGGAAAAUUCUCAAUGAAGAUGGAUUCUGUUGAUUCACUUGUAUAUGAUUUAUCAUCAAUGCUCAGUGGUUGCAACCUCAUGGUUCCAACACCACUCUCUGAUUGCAACUCAAACCUUCCUUCUGUUGGGUCUCUUAUUUCAACCCUGCGCUUUCUUGGGAUAACUAACUCUGUUGCCAACAUUACUCCAUCAGGAUUUCACUUUGUGCCCUCUUAAUUCAACUUAAGUUAAUUAGUUAAACCAUGUCAUGUAGUAGGAUGACAAAAAACUAUAUGAUUAAAUAAAUUAAGUCAUCAAUACUUGUAUUACCUAUGCCAUUUCUAAAUUAGUAUUUGGACAAAAUUAAUUAUGAUGAUGA